GCUGAGCAGAAGAUUGUCAUCAAGAGAAUCGUGCCUUACGCCACUUUCAAACAGGUGGCCCUUCUGAUGGCCUCGGAGAUUUUUGCAGUGGAGGCAAUGUCAGAAUUCACCCUGCAGUAUAAAAGCUGGACUCCAUCUGGAAACACAGUCUUCUCCACCGUCGAUCUGGACCAGACAGUAGGCACCUUCCACUGUGUGUUGGAUCUGCAGGCAGUCCAGGUGAACCCACAGGGUAAUGACUGGAAGUGGUUCAUGUCCAACAUGGGCUACCUACAGACAAGGAAGGAGAUCCAAGUUGCCCCAGCCUCCCUUGCGCAGAUGUUGGCACUGUGCGGCGGUGGUGCAUACAGCAUUCUCCAGUCCAGGGAUUCGGCCAUCUUCACCAUGCUGAACCCGGCCCUGAGCCAGGUCCUGUCUCGUCUCUUCUCAGUGAUGUGCCAGCCACAGGAUGCCUCCCACCAGUCUGCUGUUCCCGGAGAAAUCCUGCAGAUCGCCUACACAGAAAGUGGGCAGAUUUUGUCCACAACCUGUGCUCCAGAAGUUAAGGUGACCAUCUUCAACAAAGAGGGGCGGAGACUGUUAACAACUGAGGUCAUGGGGGAGACAAAAUUUGAAGAUGUGGCUGGGAAUAACUGUGUCCAGAUCUGUGGUGGUCUGAGAGUGACUCACUUCACCUUCAAGACCACCUCACCUACUGGACUCGACUUCCUCUGGCCUGACAUAAUGGUGGGAGGGUUUGGUCCUGAGGUGAACAUCAUUGCCGUGGAGGGGAGAGACGAAGACAGGUGGCACUGGAGGGUGUGCAAUGUUGGAUACCUGGAGGAAAGGAUCUAUUACCGCUAGGACGGCCCAGGCCAAGCUUGUACAUGGUAACAAGCUGCAAUAACUGGGGUAUGCUGAACUGGAGUUUCCAUGGCUCAGCAAUGUGGGAGGGAUUGGUGGAUGGGAAAGUGGUUGUCCUUGUUGUAAAAAGACAAAGUAAAAAGAAUGUCUAACUAUGCUAUAUUAUGUUAUGUUAUCUAUGGUUUGCUAUAUGUAUUUAAACAAAGAUAGUUUAUAACUUAAAAGUUGCAUUAAAUAUGAAUCCUGUUUCCUCAAAAAGGGUUAACUGUUACUCAUUUUUCCAAAUUACUGUCUUCCUCCACAAAAAAAACUUAGAAACUUAUUGGGGGUUACAGAAAACACAGUACUCGGAAAUUUCUGUUAGCUAUGGAGUAAAGGUUAUGAAGCAUAUCAUUACAAAACUAAGUAUUCUUUUCUUUCUAUUAACUCAUCUUUUGCACUUGAUCAUGUUUCACAGAUUCAAUUUCAUUUUGUACUACUACUGGAAUAUAGUUACUCCCUGAUUGAAGGUAGCAGGUUGAGCUUGUGGAAAAAAGAACAGAUGCUAAAAACUUUCCUCCAUUUUGAAAUGGAAAUUCCACUCUCCUAAUUUCUGCCACAAAUGCUAUUUUCAUAAUAACAUAUAGUGCCAUGGCAAAAAAGGAGAAGUGGAGUUCCCAAAUUGAAGUGGAGCUUGUUGCAAAUAAACUUUUGAAAAA